AAAUUAUUGAAACAAAGUUUUCUCUCAGAAUUUUUCUCGCAGCUAAUUUAUUAUUGCAUAUUGUUUGUAAAUGUGAUUAACACUAUAUUUUAUGAGAUAUGAAACAUCAACGACGAUUUUAAAAUAUUCAUGAGCAUGAAACAAUUCAACAUUAUCGUACAUUCAAUGUGUGAAAAGUGAAGUGUGAUUUGCAUAGAACCAACUAAAAACAGUAGCAUAAAAUUGACGAGAACUACAUCAAUCUGAAGAUAAAAACAAAAAAAAAGUGAUUCCAAUUUGAGGCUAGACAGAAAAAUAUUUUCAAAAAUCAUGGUUGAACCAAUAUUUGACUAUCAAUUUCGAUUGAUAUUGAUUGGAGACAGUACGGUGGGAAAGAGCUCUUUGCUCAAAUAUUUCACAGAUGGUCGAUUUGCGGAGCUUUCAGAUCCAACAGUUGGAGUCGAUUUUUUUGCUCGAAUAAUUGAAGUUAAAGACGGAACCCGCAUCAAAUUACAGCUAUGGGAUACAGCUGGUCAAGAGCGCUUCCGUUCAAUUACAAAGUCCUAUUAUCGAAACUCAGUUGGUGUAUUGUUGGUAUAUGAUAUUACAAAUCAUGCAUCUUUCGAGCACAUACCGUUGUGGAUGAUGGAAGCAAAGCGCCAUAUCGAACCUCAUCGGCCGGUGUUCGCAUUGACUGGUUGUAAAUUAGAUUUAGUGAGUAACGGUGCUCGCCGUGAAGUCAGCCGUGAUGAGGCCAAGGCUUUUGCUGAACAAAAUGGUUUAUUUUUCGUCGAAACAUCUGCACGAACUGGUGUUAAUGUCGAAGAAGUAUUCAACAUGGUUACAAAUGAGGUAUAUGCCCGAAUACAAAGCGGUGAAUACAAAAUCGAAGAAGGCUGGGACGGCAUAAAGCCUUCAGCAUUGUUUGGUCGGCCAAACAGUCUGGAUUUCAAUUUAGUGGUGGCCGAACCAGAAAAAUCGACAUGUUGUUGAUUAUCUAUACCAUUCAAUUCUGAAGGAUUGAUUUCAAUUCGUCACAAUGUAAUGAAUUAGUUUAAGAACAAAAAGCCACAUGAAUUUUCUACGAUACAAUCAUGCUAAAUGAUUUCUUUUCUUUUGUAUAUUAAUCCAUUUUCUGACGAUUAGAGUAAACAUUUAACUACUGCUUGUAUUUGUCCGAUUGAGGAAUACUGAAAAAAUAAAAACAAACUUUUAACAUCUCCAUCUCUCUACAAGCUCCACCUAUAUGCAGUAGACGUUUAAGAGAAAAUUCAUUUUGUAACGUGAACAUUUUCAACGCUUUCGUUUUUAUAAUAAUACAAAAACCACUAAAUAUAAUGAGAUGAAAUCAUCAAUUCUGAA